GGCGGGGGCGGAGUGGGCGCUGCGCGCGCAUGCGCCGUGGUAAAAGGCCGCUACCUCGAGCAAGAUGGCUACUAAGAGCAUCGCUUCCCGCCUCCGGGGCUCCCGACGUUUUCUGAGUGGCUUCGUGGCCGGGGCUGUAGUGGGCGCAGCGGGAGCUGGGCUCGCGGCCCUGCAGUUCUUCCGGAGUCAGGGCGCUGAGGCGGCGUUGGCAGGGAAGGAGCCGGACGGAUCUGCGGAAAAGGCUAUCUUGGAACAAUUUGGAUUCCCUCUAACUGGAACAGAGACAAGAUGUUACACUAAUCACGCUCUGUCUUAUGACCAGGCAAAGCGGGUGCCUCGAUGGGUUCUUGAACAUAUUUCCAAAAACAAGAUAAUGGGUGAUGCGGACAGAAAGCACUGUAAAUUUAAGCCUGAUCCCAGUAUCCCUCCAACCUUCAGUGCCUUCAACGAGGAUUAUGUUGGAAGUGGGUGGUCACGAGGACACAUGGCUCCAGCAGGAAAUAACAAAUUUUCAAGUAAAGCCAUGGCUGAAACCUUUUACCUUUCUAACAUUGUGCCUCAGGAUUUUGAUAAUAAUUCUGGAUAUUGGAACAGAAUAGAAAUGUACUGUCGAGAGCUGACAGAAAGGUUUGAAGAUGUUUGGGUGGUAUCUGGGCCUUUGACCUUACCUCAGACUACAAGCGAUGGAAAGAAAAUAGUUAGUUACCAGGUGAUUGGUGCGGACAACGUGGCAGUCCCCUCACACCUUUAUAAGGUGAUCCUGGCCCGCAGAAGCCCAGUCUCUACCGAACCACUGGCACUAGGGGCCUUUGUGGUACCCAAUGAAGCCAUUGGCUUCCAACCUCAGUUAACCGAGUUCCAAGUGAGCCUCCAGGACCUAGAGAAGUUAUCAGGACUGGUGUUUUUUCCUCAUUUGGAUAGAACUAGUGACAUCCGGAAUAUCUGCUCUGUGGACACCUGUAAGCUCUUGGAUUUCCAGGAAUUCACCUUGUACUUGAGCGCAAGAAAGAUUGAGGGAGCCCGAUCAGUGCUCAGACUGGAAAAGAUCUUGGAAAACUUGAAGAAUGCAGGGAUUGAACCAGAUGAUUACUUCAUGAGUCGCUAUGAGAAGAAGCUAGAAGAACUUAAAGCAAGGGAGCAGUCAGGAACCCAGAGAAGAAAGCCUUCUUAGUUUUUACUCUCAGGAUGUGUGAUACCGUCUGUAAUGGAGCAGGCAUGCCCUCUUUAGGCUAACAUAUUUUAGUGGCUUUGCUUUUUGCUUUUUAAAAUUUUUUUCUUUAAGACAUCAGGUCUCGGUAUGUCAUCCAGGCUAGACUCCAGUGGUGCAAUCAUAGCUCACUACAGCCUCGAACUUCUGGGCUUAAGCAAUCCUCCUGCCUCUGCCUCCUGAGCAGCUGGGACUACAGACACACACCAUAACCCUCAGCUACGAGUGGCUUUGCUUUAAACAAGUGAUGGAAUCCUAAAUUUACGACUAAGAAUUCCCCCAAAAGACAAAAGAUC